AUGGAGCGUAUCUACGUCUGGUCUGUUCAUCAACGGACCGCGAGUGUCCGAUUCCACCUCCGGUCAGAAAAGAAAUUCAACGAUGGCUGUGGUCUUGCGGUGGUCUCUUCAAUCGACUACCUUCCGCACUCUUGCUACCUGAAAUUACUUGGCCUUCCAAGUGGAAGGUUGCGGAUGUGGAUGUCGGGUAAUCGAUUGUAUUCGUUCCCCUUAAAAGAUGAACACGAGAAUAAGAUCAAAUUAACUCGAAUAAAUGAAUUUAUCAAUAAACGUAAACAAUACAAUAAAAUAAGCAAUAAUACAACACAACUCUACAACAACAACACUACAACCACUACAACACGACACAACAACAACCCUUAACAAUAUAUCUGAUCAAGAUGGGAUAAAACCUUGGAGAAGGUUACGGUGUCGUGAAUCAGGCGCUUCGCUUCGGGAUCUCUCCAUCGAACAUUCUCGAACAUCGGGGAAAACAACUAGGGAAACAGUUGACACAGGGGACAUCUCUCUCUCUCCAUAAAUUCCAUCGAGUUGACACAUCGUGGAUAACUCCAGGUUCCGUGGAAUCUGACAGCGAGAAUUGGAGAAAAAGACAAUUGGGAAAAAGUCAGCUGUCGCCAAAUCUGUACCAUUAUGUCCCCAAAUUCUCCCAUUCUGUCCCCAAAGAAGAGUUCGGAAGCUGCCCUUAA